UGCUGUCGCAUCCUUCCUCCAUGUGUUACGCUGUUCGGCGCUAUGAGUGCUCCAUGUGAGCGAACGUAACGCUUUCAUUUGCUUCUUGUAUUGUCUAAUUCUUAUAACGUGUCAUCGUGUGUCUGUGUAAAUAGAAUGCGAACGACAGAGCCGUUGUACGGAAACGGCCGGCGACCUGCCGAGCCACCGGUCCCGUUCCGGCAGCUCUUGCCCAUGCAACUGAAAGACAGGAUCUCUGGAAAGAAAGGUCGCCAGAACGAUGUCGCCUGUUUACCAGAGAUGAUGACCUUGUUCUCCUGCUUGGCUGAAAAAAACUAUGAUUCCAAUAACUGUACUAAGGAAGUCACAGCAUUUGAAGGCUGCUUCAACAAAUUCUUGAAACGUAAUGCAGAGUACAAGGCUAUUGGCUCGCUAGGAAUCUUGACUCCAGGGCUAAAGGCAUCGCAGUUGUCUACGCAGCAAGCUAAUUCACUUCUGAAAAAGUAUCCCAUUGCAAAUUUAUUAAAGAAGGUUCGAUAAUGUUAGAUACUUCUGUAGCUGAGAAUAAAGAAUGUGUUAUUUCAUUGUGCA